AUGUAAUUAUAAUCUAAUUAACAAUUCAUAAUUUCCCUCCUCCCCCUUCCCCCUCCCUUCCUUCCUUCCCUUGCACCCCAAUUUGGGGGGUAAGCCGAAACAGUGAAUUUACGCUCACGUUUUGCACCCCCCUACUGUUACAAAAUAACCAAACAGGGGUAAACACCUUGAAACUUGUGUUUACCCCUCCAAACUUGCACCCCCUUCCAUUUACACCCCUUCCCAAACAUAGUGUUAAUUUCUAAAGGAGAAAAGUUCCGAUAUAGGGGAAAAAAAAGUCCCUUAAAAUAAGGGCACUCCCUAUUGGCUGGCUCCCAAGAAAAGAAACAAAACCGUCCUCCACCGGUCACGUGCAGCUGCCCUUAGAUUCACUACUCCUAAUAAUAGCAACCCCGGCCCGCGUCGACCCACGCGCAAAAAGCCGGGGAGCUCGGCCCUUUGAAUCGAACCGGCCAUCCAGUACUUACGGCCGGUUAGUUAGAUGUAAUUCGAUACGAGUUUUUAUAUGAUAUGGAUUACAAGAUUGACGUUAUCUUUUUAAAAAUUUGUUACGUGCAUUUGGUAGUUCAGAUGGCGAAGAUGAUGGUGGGGGGGGGGGGGGGGGGGGGGGGGGGGGGGGGGGGGGGGGGGGGGGAAUUUGGUGGUAGCGUAAUUGUGCUUUUAGAGCGACUUGGUGGUGUCAGCUCGCUUACAUAGUAGCGUCAUCGCUUUUAGCUGUAUAAGGAUGAAAAUUUCUAUGUUAAUAAUGCUAUUCCAAGUCCAUUUCGAUUCAUUUUGGCAAGCAAUUUGUGAGCUUCGUAGAGAGAGUAACUCAUUCAACCUAACACUGUCAUAUUCUCGUGUUCGUGCACUAUUCUCGUACCACUGCUGCAAGCCUGCAACUAGGUGCACAAAACUUCAUGCUCAACUUUGAUGCUUGUCGGGCUUGGUACCCUUGACUGGGAAGCAGAUAAAGGAAUCGUAUAUGCAGUUAUAUUUCCACGUUAUGGAUUUUUUUUUAAUUGUACAUUGUCGAUGAAUCAACAGCUUUAAUGGUUUAAUGAUCACCUUCUAUCGACUUUGUCUCUGUGAGUGAUGAAUUAGAGCAUAAAACGAUCCCUACAAUUAUGAAUAAGCAGUGUAUAUAGAUCGAUCUGAAUCCGUUCUUGAUCUAGUUUAGAGUGGUUGCAUUUGAGGAUUUCAUCAUGUAAUGGAACAAUUUCAGGGAUCCCAGGAUUUCCAAACAAGUUUCCAAGGCGAAACGAACAUUCGAGAGCGUAGUGUGAUUUAAAUAAUCGGGUCCUUAAUUACUUCAUCAUCCACUGUUGUUUAGUUUAGGAUUGUGGGUAAUGGUUUUGGUCUCCUCUCCAUGGAUAAGUACGGUGGGCUGAACUUAGUUCCCAAACAAACAUUUUUAAUUUUUGCAUACAUUGACUGAAAUAAUGCAAUAAUAUAAAACUCCAUUUUUCCCUAAUUAAAUCAUGUACUUUGUUUUUGACAAAUAAUUAAAUUAUACAAUGAGACUACAAUUAUGUUAAAUAUCGGCUGGGUUAUCUUCACACUGAAGAAAUGGCAAGUAAAGCAACUAUCUGUAGUCUACAAGGGGACAACAAUCAUUCUCAAGAUCUAUUUUAGGAAAUGUAGUAUUCGAGAAAACAUCGGAAAAUGAUUAGAUGACGAGAGCUAGCUAUUAAUCUCUUCCUUUAAAAUUUAGGUUCGAACAUCGGUAGCUGCUACGAUUUAUUUGUCUUGGUCCCUCUUUACUUUUAAGUUUAAAUUAUGAUUUCAUCACUGGUAUUUGUGCAAAACUAAUAAACAACAUAACUCACGAAAAAAUAACUAUUGUCGUAAAAUGACGAGUCCAAUAUAUACAACCUUGUUUGUAAUGCUUUUGCUGAUUCGCUCAAUUCUAAUUGAUGGAUAGUCGUCUUGCCGACUCGAUAAUCAUCGGCAUAUGAAGGUUAAUGAGUAAACAAUCAAGAAGAUGACAUAUGAAUGAUGAACCAUCCAUUGGAUUAAACGAAGACGACUAUACAUUUCACAUGCAAAGUUUAACUGUUUACUAUUAAUUUUUUAUGUCGCAAUUUAUAAACACCUUUUUUUACACAACCAUGUACACCAAAAAAAUUUAGACUACACUUUGAAUGCAACUUUCAUUUUAGACAAAACAAUUUUCUUUGGUGGUAACUUGUUAGCUAAGGGGGGAUUCAUCAAAAGUUUUCUUUGUUGAGAAAGGGAAGCUGAUAGAUGAUGAUGGGUGGUCCAGUGGGUGCCUUAGAAGGUCAUCAGAGAUAGAGACAGUGUGAUAUUGCAUUACAUACAUACAAAUGCCCAAAAAACCUUUGAAAUGUGAACCCACUUAUUCCACUACCCUCCAAUUUUAUACAUCGUCCACUUAUAACACGAUGCUACAAUCUAUACCAUUGAUUGUACAGGGUUUAUUGAUCUAGAAAACUGCAUAAACGAAUGGAGAAAAGGACUGUCAAAAUAUCCCUGCUAUUAAUUUUUACACGAAUAGCAAGAUAACCUCUCGUAACACAAGUAAAAUGCAUAUUUAAGCUCAUCAACGUGAUGAUAUUCCACUAUCCUCCAAUUUUAUACAUGGUCCACUUAUAACACGAUGCUACAAUCUGUACCAUUGAUUGUACAGGAUUUACAGAUCUAGAAAACUGCAUAAACGAAUGGAGAAAAAGGACUGUCAUAAUAUCUCUGCUAUUAGUUUUUACACGAAUAGUAAGAUAACUUCUAGUAACACAAGUAAACUGCAUAUUUUAAGCUCAUGCACGUGAUGUUAUUAUACAUGUCUCACUUAUUCUCAAAAUUAUAAAACAUUCGAAUCAACUCAAUAUCUUUUUAAAUUCAGUUACACCGUGGAUCGACUAAAAAAAAGAUUAUUAAGACUUACUACUAUGAUUAUAACUCGAACGACUACUAUCAUAAUCGUAACUCGAAUCGUUGGAUCUCAUUUAUUUGCUGGAUAUUCAUGAAUCAUGAACAAUGGAAUAUUAUAGUACUCAUGGGACCAAACCAAUCAAUAAAAACGGUACCGUUUCUGGCCAUGCCAGUAAAAGCCAAGAAAGAGGGAAGAGGCCAAAAGAGCGAGCACCCAGUGGCACGUUGCAGUAAUUCCUCGGCGAGAACAAGGCUCAAUUGCUCAAGAUUAUUUAAAAUUAAUCCGCGAAAAAAUCAGAUUGGUUACUGUAUACGUAAAUUAAUAAUUGCCAUUUUUUUAAAUAUAUUUCUAUUUUUGUAAUCAUUUUAUCAUUUUUUUUGUUUUCUUCGCCCCCAUUUCUCAUUCUCAUGAUUAUAUUUAUCAGGCGAUGGAUGAGACGACGGAACGGAUAGAUAGACAGAAAAUUGAGAAACAAAGGAAAGCUAGAGAGAGAGAGAGAGAGAGAGAGAGAGAGAGAGAGAGAGAAGCAGUUCUUGGUGACUCACACGCGCGCACACAACAAAGAAGAGUUCUCCCUGCCCUGCCGAUUCGAAUCUCCUCUUUCCCUUCACCGGCCGGCGAUCGGAGGAGCAUCGAUUGGAGAGCUGCUUGCGGCGAGGAGAAGAAGAAGAAGGAGCCGGCUAUUGCGAGAAGUCAACUCAUCUCUCUCUCUGUAUAUCUUUCUGCUGACGGUUCUAGGUGGCGGAAAAGUGGAGAGGGGAGUUUCGCGUCCGGAUUAAGGAAACAGGAGGGAGGGAGAAUAGAAGAUGAAUUUGGAGAGAGCGGCGGCGGCGGGGACGGGGACGGCGGCGGCGGCGAAGGGAUACGGGAGCGUGGAGAGCGAGUACAUUCGGAGGCACCAUAGGCAUGAUCCUAGCGAGCAGCAGUGCAGCUCCGUUCUAAUCAAGCACAUCAAAGCUCCGGUUCAUCUGGUUUGGUCCCUGGUUAGGAGAUUUGAUCAGCCACAGAAGUACAAGCCAUUCAUAAGCAGAUGUGUAGCACGGGGAAACCUCGAGAUCGGGAGUCUCAGAGAAAUCGAUGUCAAGUCGGGGCUUCCAGCUACUACCAGUACCGAAAGACUAGAGCUUCUCGAUGAUGAGGCACAUCUCCUCAGCAUGCGCAUUGUUGGUGGCGAUCACAGGCUAAAGAACUAUUCGUCGAUAGUCUCUCUGCACCCGGAGAUCUUUGAUGGAAGGCCAGGGACGUUGGUGAUUGAGUCGUUCGUGGUGGAUGUGCCUGACGGGAACACCAAGGACGAGACUUGCUACUUCAUUGAAGCUCUGAUUAAAUGCAACUUGAAAUCGCUGGCUGAUGUGUCUGAGCGACUUGCAGUACAGGACAGGACCGAGCCGAUUAAUAGGGUCUGAGAGCGAGUGUGGGAGGCAUUUCAGCUGCACACUGCUGUCCGAGAGACCGUGAUAAGAAGCAUGCACAUGAUUGCAGAGGAUGAUGGAUGAAUGAAGCUCUGGAGGACUGCUCUCGUGUAAGAUUUGGUUCCAUUGGAGAUGCUGCUGCUGGCUCUUUAACUUACAAUGCUGCUGGGGUUUCUUUAAUCCCAGUAGAUGAUCAGUGACCACAUUGUUAUUUUUUCUUGUAAUCCCUCAUUUUAUCACGCUCAUGAACUGAGAGAAGAGUGAAAAUGGAAACUCAGCUCCCUUCGUUUUUGUCUUCUUUUUCGUCCCACCAUCUUCAGCGUCUGGUUUGUUCUUCCAGUUCUUGUGAAUCAUUGUGUAGUAGUUGCUGUUGAUGUACAUAGCGCUUGCUUGACAUCAGAGCACCUUGCUCUUUGGUUUUUGGUUUAUUACUACUAGUGUAAUUCUAGAGACUAGAGGGUAGUGCGAUUUGGGCAAAAAACUCGAUUUAGUGUAGAAAUGAACUCUUGUUGCUUGUUGUUGAAGGUAGCUAUGGAAUGUAGCUGUUUAAGAAUCCAUCUUGUUGUCUUUCUGCAGUUACCACUCCUCUCUCUUCUUUCUAUCAGCCAGUUUACAGGAACGUUAUGGAGUUACGAAAUGGUACUGAUAAGACGAUGACUGAACCAAUAUGAUGGCAUAGUUAUGAAUAUUAAUGCUUCUAAAGUUUUGCUGGAGACAGAAUCAGCUACAAGGAAUUGAACUAGACUGAUUUCAGCUAUAGAAAGUUGUAACCUGAAACAUCUACAGUCGUCUAAAAAGGUAGCUCAAAAUUUGACCCUGAAGGAGGUGAAAGUAAAGGGGGGACGAGACUCCUUCCUCUGUUGAAUUUACAACAUUUCUAAGACACUACUUGACCAGUAAUGUUACAUGCUUUCCGAGUCACCGGCGGACAGGGUAGCUCGGCUACGACGAAGGCUGCCUGCCGGCGUAUGAAGAAGCUUCCCAUUACAUGUGUCUGAAAGUGCAUCAUGGGAGGAACAUGUGGAGGCCCGAAAAAAUCGAAUUAUACAAAUAAGCGCCUGUAUUCUGU